UGUAGUGAUGAGACGACAUAUAUACAGUCAUUCUAAUACUGCAUUUAAGUAGUCUUCAAGAAAUAAGAAAGAAUUUGAAUUCGUUCAUUUUGCCGACCGGGCCGGCACCUUUGUCGCGGCCGAAAAGAAGGAAGCGUGAAGAAGCACGCGCGCACGUUGCACGAGCCAAGCAUCCGAGAAGGGCUGUUCGCCCUUGUGCGUUGUGACCUUCCGCUGCGAUCUCUAGAGGAGUGCCUGCCGGUACUUUUUAAAGACCUACUGGUGCAAGCUUUGCGUCUCCAUCGACCACCAUGAUCCUCGAGGGUGUACCCAAGGAACUGCAGCACGGCAUGCCACCCAUUCCGACCGUGACGCUCGGCUACGCAGAGCCACGCUGGAACGUGUACCUGGUAGUGGCCGUCGUCGGGGCAAUGCUUGUCAUCUCGGGGGCAUUUCUGGCGCCCGCAGGACUACGGUUCGUGAUCGGCUGCCAGUCCCCCCAGUGCGGCGACUGGUUCGAGGACCUGGCUAUGUCCAUCAGCCCGCGGCGCAAGCCUUGUGACGACUUCUACGAGUUCGUCUGCGCAAACAGGAACACCACGCAGGGUGCCACCGUGAACGCGUUCCUGAAGCUUCAGAUCCGCGUGGCGCUGUCCUUCUUCAAGCAGCUGCUGCUCGUCGACACCGACGUGCCGGACACCAGCCUGGUCAGCGCGCACGUGAAGACGGCGCGCUUCAUGCAACGCUGCAUGCAGGAGGCCAUGAACGGCGCCGACGACCUGCGCUUUGUGACCAACUUCCUGGCGCAGUACAACCUGUCGUGGCCCCCCGCGCAUGAGCCGGCGGCGCGUGCGGCCCAGGAGGAGCGCUCUGUGGUCGACUUGCUAGUCGAGCUGAGCCUGGUGCGCGGCGUGCACCUGCUGCUGCGCAUUGUGCCCGACGUGUACUUCAAGCGGCGCGGCUACUACUCGCUCCACGUUGAGUUUAACCUGGCCUUCAUGUACGAGUGGGCCGCCGUGCGCAAGCUGCUGCUUGCCUCGGGCCGGCUCGCACCUUUCUUCGAGAUCACCGCUCUGCUCCUCUCUGGGAGGCGCCCUCAUCCUCAGCUGGUGGAGCGCCUGAUGGCGCUGGACAACAUGCUGCUGACGGCGGCGCUCCCGCCGAUGGGCGACCGGCCCAAUAUGACCACCUCGUACGUGCGCUUCGGUGACCUGAGCAACCUGACGAGCCCGUCGUUUCCAGGACAGAUGCUGCUGGACGCCGUCAACCGCGUGCUGCCACCGAGCCGGCGGCUAAGCGAGGACGACGAGCUGGUAGUCACCAACGGCCCUUACCUGCGUGCCAUCGGACAGCUGAUGGGGCCCAGCCCGGCCUCCGAGACGCUGCGCGCAUACGUCAGUCUCAUGCUGGUUCGCUACCUGGCACCGUCGACGUCGUCUCGUCUUGUGAGCAGCCAGCUACCGGUCGAAGGGAACGCGCUGAACGCGGUGCUUUUCCGGCUGGCUCACUGCGUGGCCGACGCCAUACAGCUGGUGCCGUACGUCAUGGGUGACCUGUUCGUUCGCUGGCACCUGGACGAGAAGGAGCUGGACGGCGCCCGAGACAUCGUCGUCCGGGUGCGCAACGCGACGCGCGCCGGCUUCUUGGCGCUGCGCUGGAUCGACGAAGAGACGCGCCGCGGAGCCCUGCGGCGCAUCGACAACCUGGCAUCGCUCGUCGGACACCCCGACAACGUGUCCAGGGUGGACCAGCUCAAUCGACACUACGCGUUUUUGCCGGCCAUGCGGGGCAGCUACGCGCACAUGCUGACCGCGAGCCGGGACGCGGACGCUCGUCGGCUGCUGCGGCGGCUGCGCGCCAGCGACCCCAUCUUCCCGGCCGUGGACGUGGAGCUGCCCAUGAUCCUCGUGAACGCCUUCUACCUGCCCAUCUACCACGUGAUGGUCAUCCCGCCGGCCAUCAUGUUCGCGCCUUUCUACCGACGCGCGCUGCCCGCCGCGCUCAAUUACGGCUCGCUGGGCCACGUCGUGGGUCACGAGAUCACCCACGGCUUCGACCCCGAGCUCAGCCUGUACAACGAGUCCGGCCUGCGCGAGGACUGGUGGACGGCGCGCUCACGCGCCAACUUCGAGCAGCGCGUCAAGUGCCUGCGCCGACUCUACAACGAGGCCCCCUGGUCGCGCGGCGUCAACUACGGAGACACGGCGCUCUCCGAGAACUUCGCCGACUGCGGGGGACUCGACAAGGUGUACCGGUCAUUCAAGUCGCUGGGUCCUCAGCCAUCGCAACGGCUCGGGGACGAGAUCUACACGGCCGACCAGUUGUUCUUCAUCAGCAGCUGCUACAAGUGGUGCACCGUGGAGGGCGCCAUGCGCGGCCGCUCCUCGUCCCCGAGCGACGAGUCCGAGGCCAUCAAGUUCUACUCGCCCAUGCACAUGCGCUGCAACGUACCGCUCAUGAACAUGCCCGAGUUCGCGGAGCACUUCAGCUGCGCGCCGGGCACCGUCAUGAACCCGAGCGCGCGCUGCGAGACCUUCUAGCGACGUGCGCUCCACUUGAAACGUCUCAUAAACGUCGCGGAAUGCCCGCCUCUUGCGUUCUAAACGCUAGACGACUUGAAGCCAGCGUCGUAGGCUAUCAUUUCUAUUUCUG